UUUUUAAGGUUUUCUAGAUGCCUUCUUGAGCCUGCUUGUGGCCACCCACAGAUACUUGUAAGGAGGAAAGAAGUCAGCUUGCCAGAGACACUGUGAAAUAAGGGAUUAGAGGCUCGGAUCCAAGAAGCAAGAGCAGCAGCCAAACGACAAGAAAACAGGCUCCGAAGAUACUUCUACUGAGAGGUCUGCCAUGGCCUCCCUUGGCGUCCAACUGGUGGGCUACAUCCUAGGCCUUUUGGGGCUGUUAGGCACAUCCAUUGCCAUGCUGCUUCCCAACUGGCGAACGAGUUCCUAUGUUGGUGCCAGCAUUGUGACGGCAGUUGGCUUUUCCAAGGGCCUCUGGAUGGAGUGUGCGACACAUAGCACAGGCAUCACCCAGUGCGAUAUCUACAGUACCCUUUUAGGACUUCCUGCUGACAUCCAGGCUGCCCAGGCUAUGAUGGUGACGUCCAGUGCAAUGUCCUCGCUGGCUUGCAUUAUCUCUGUGGUGGGCAUGAGAUGCACCGUGUUCUGCCAGGAAUCUCGAGCUAAGGACAGAGUGGCUGUAGUGGGUGGAGUCUUUUUCAUCCUUGGUGGCAUCCUGGGCUUUAUCCCAGUUGCUUGGAAUCUUCAUGGCAUCCUUCGGGACUUCUACUCGCCGCUGGUUCCUGACAGCAUGAAAUUUGAGAUUGGAGAGGCUCUGUACUUGGGCAUCAUCUCAGCCCUGUUUUCUUUGGUAGCCGGAGUCAUCCUCUGCUUUUCCUGCUCGCCCCAGGGCAAUCGUACCAACUACUAUGAUGGCUACCAGGCCCAGCCUCUUGCCACUAGGAGCUCUCCAAGAUCUGCUCAACAGCCCAAAGCCAAGAGUGAGUUCAACUCAUACAGCCUGACUGGGAAUGGAAGCACUGCUACAGGAAAGCACAAGAAGCCAAGGGAAAGCACAUGGCUGCUGCCCUCUGACUCCACAGAGGAAUUGCCCAGAAGCCGAGGUGAACAAGGACCACUGAAAGCUCUGCCUCCCACUGGGGUGUCUGACCCAGCUUCCUGCUGAACCACAAGACUUGGAGCCCUAGACAAGGGUUUCCUUAAGGACAAUAAACCAGUUUUUCUAGAACUGCCCUUUGACAUGCGAGCUACAGAAGCCUAAAAAAAAAUACUACCCUCUAGCCCUGACUGGGAAAGAAUAAGGACUUGGGUAUCAAAGAACCGGACAGAGAUGUGUGGUAGCUGUUAUGUGUGUUCCUACUGUUUCAGAGAGGCAGCCCUACCAGAUACUUUAGACAUGAUGGAAAGCCAACCCAUCAGGGUCUAUAUCUCAGCACUACAGAGCCUCUGAAAGACCACAGCACCAGAGAGGUCCUUUGUCACUUUUCACACUUGAGUCAUCGCCCAUCAGAAGAUAUUCUCACAGGUAUGCAAAGUCUCCAGUGUGGAACAUCUAUGACCAAGGUGGUGUGUUCGUGACCUGAGCGAUUGCUGAACUUCUGCCUGGGAUCGUGCUUGAGGUGGGAGAACGGAGACUGGUUCCCUGUCCAACAGUUUUAUCUCCACGGUCUUAAAAUGCUCCAUUUCCUCUGUGGUAGAUGGGGGCCAUAAACCAGAGACAUUUCCCCACCACCACCAGCUUAAUAUCACCAGCUUCAAAAGAUCCCCAGCGCACCUCAUCAAAACUUCAGCACCGGCAAGAGAGGCCCAUAUGUGAGGUUUCCCUUAACAUGCCUUUCCUAUUCCCACCAUAUUACUUGUGUUCAAGCUGAUAUGCUGACCUGGAAGCCAUUUCCUCUUAAUUAAGUCAUUCCCAUGCUUGGAGAACUUGCUCAGUGUCACCCCUUUCAUUGAGCCUUCUCUGACCACUCCUUCCUGUUCUUUCCUUUCCCUCCUCCAACUCCCAAUAUAUAAAUUGCCUAAUUUUGAUUGAUAGUUUAUAGUUCUUGUAUGUGCAUUUGUGUGUGACUCUAUCCGUCUGUCUGUGUGAUCUCAAAAGUUCACUGUAAGUACUUGGAGGGCAAUUGCUAUAUCUUAGACCUGUCCAUAUGUAUACCCAAGACUGUAGCAGUGCUGGGCACACACGAGGUGAUCAAUAAACGGAUGUUGAUUGAGUAA